CUACUAUCAACCGGCCAUCAAUCGAGCCUACUUGACAGCAACGACUAUGGGCGAUGCAGACUACUUCACUGUCAGUAAGCCGUAUCCGCUCAACUUUGAGUGGGACCAAGAGGAAGAUAUCAUCAAACAUGUGCGCUGGAUUGCGGCGUGCAUAGACUCUCCAAGACAGUUUUAUGCGUUUCAUUACAAGCGUAGUGCCUCUUCAAUGAUUGUCUUGGAGAUCGAGAAAAAUUGCUCCUCGAAGAAAGAAACUCUCUUAGGCGAGCACCGCUGGAAAGAGUUUCUGAUGGCGCCAUCUGAUCAAGAACGAGAUUAUAUCUCGCAAAUCUUCCCGUGCUUGCAUUCCACUGAUCUCGCAUUGAGAAAUGACGGGUGGCACAGAGUCUCAGUAAGAGACAGCUGGUUUAAAGGAUGGUCUCGUACUCAGAGCGAGGAUAUCAUUCAUCCAUAUCCCAGCACUCAUUACUGUAUUCCGCCCAUUGAGGAUCGGACGAAUCGACCACUUUGUCGUCCCCUUCCCCACUAUUGCAAGUUCAAGCAGAAGACCAAGUCAGAUGCCAAGCUUAGUGCUGGGGCAAGUGGCCUCCGCACUCAAGACCACACAAAUGCCAGUGAAGCACCUAAGCAAGAUGAAGAGGUGUAUGAAGCUGGGGAGAAUAUAUGGGAGCAAAAUAUCAAGCCGAGUCAAACCUCACCCAUUUGCCCUACCCAUAACCGCGUUUGCAAGAAGGCCAUCUGUGCUGCAUAUGACAAGCUGUUGAGGGACAUCAAGAAAGAGGAGAAAAAUGCAAAAAAGGGUGAGAAGAAGAAAGAACAUGCUAAGCAGUACGAAAGGAAGAAAAAUGCGAAGAGAGCCUGGGGCCGCAAUGGUGGAAAAGGCGAGGAAUCAAAGACUCGUGACAAGACCAUUGAUGGAAAGGAUGAAACAUCUGACACCUGGAAUAGCUCUUGGGGAGACGAAGAUGAACAAGGUGAGGCAGGCCAGUGGGGUAAAGGUGAAGGCUCGGCCAACGUAGAGACCCUCCGAGAUGAUGGUAACAAAACUCCCAGUCCGAUUUCUCAUGUGGCCGUUGAAGAGGAGGAAUACGAUCCAUGGGUUUGAGGUAUAAACCGAUAUUGUCGCCAAGCUUCGAAUCACCGUUUCCCUCAGCUGUUGUAGAGAUAUUGAUUUGUACUUGCUAUGCAAAAAUUGUUAAAGAAUGAUGCCUUGUCCUUUUACGAGACGUAUCU